AUCAUGAACACCUCGAUGUCGCUCUGCUAUUCUUCACAACUGAGGAACGGGUGGCUUGCCAAGGUAGGUAUUCCCGAUCUUCCUUAAACAUUGGCCAGCUAACUCCUUCAGAUCAUCAAGGACGCUCUCUUUGCUCCCUUUCAGCUUUUCACUUCAUUCUUCCCGAGCUUAUGACGACAUCAAUUUCUUUCUCGCUCUCAAGUCAAGAUCCAAUGAAGUCGACAUCACCGAGCUGGCGGUCACCUUUCCCUUGCAAUUCACCAAUCCCUCUCUUCAAAUCAAAGGUAUGUGUCUCCACUCCGCAAGUGACAUUGCCUGCUAACUUUCAAGGUUCGGAGUUCAAUUCAACCAAGUCUUCCACGUCAGGAUUGCUGCUCCUCAAGUCUGGCUGCUCAAGUCUGGCUGCUCCUCAAAUCAUCUCACCUCCGCCAUCUCUUCAAGUUAGCACCGGCUCGACUUCAACCGGCCUCAUCUUUAAGCAGUCUCAAACUUCUCGUCCACCUCAAAUUUCGGCGAAAAAAAUUCAUCUCACAUUUCUCCGUCUCGCGCAUUCAGCCAUUCCAACUCCACCAUCCACCUAUUUGAUCUGCUUUGGCAAGUCUACCACCUUCCUCUUUUCUCUCAUCAAUUACUUACUCCAAUGUCUUCCAGCACCACCCCAUCCAGGAACACAUUCUCUUUGCCUGCAAUAAUGCAAAGAAACGAGGAUUUGGCUGCGAAGGCGAAGGAAACACAAGGUGGUCGGAAAAGUUGAGAGCGAGGCAAUGAGGUGGAGGAGAAUUCUUUGGGUUUGAUUCCGGGUUCGGGUUCGGGUUUGGGUUUGGGCUGGAAUUGUUCUGAACCGAGAGGAUUGUUCUUUGGCUGUAACGAGGAUUGGGUCUGGGUCUUGGUCAGAGAGAGCUUGCUUCAAGUACUUC